UUUCUUGUUUACGGCAUUCACAUUUGUUUUGUUUUAUUUUUUUUUCGUAUGUUUAAUUUGUGAAUGAAUAAUUGAGUACAAUACAUGAUGGUUGUAAUCAUUGAUAAUAAGCUACCAUCAUCACCAUCACCACCACCACCACCACCAACAAGAACAUUAUCAACAAUAACAUCAAUAUCAAUGAUAUCAUUGAAUAAUAAUAAUAAUGAUAAUGAUAAAUGGACAAAAUCAACAUAUAAUCGGCGAUUAAAAUGUCCAUUUCGUUUUAUUAUUGCAUUGAUGGGCAUAAUAGCAUCAAUAUUAUUAUGUUCAACACGUUAUAAUGUCAGUAUUGCCAUUGUAUCGAUGGUAAAAGAUUUAGCAUCAACAACAACAUCAAAUAGUUAUUGUCAUCGUAUUGAUCCGGAUUAUCCAAAUCGUUUGGAAUCAUUAUUUCGUUCAUCAUCAUCAUCAUCAUCAUUAUUAUUAUUACAAUCAUCAAAUGAUACCACAAUAUCACAAGAGGUAACAUGGACAGAUCUGGAACAAGGAAUAAUUCUUGGUGCAUAUUAUUAUGGUUAUGCUGCUACACAUAUAUUUGGUGGCCGUUGGUCUGAACGUUAUGGACCAAAAUGGAUAACAGCUAUUGGAUUGAUUGGUGCAGCCAUUUUGAAUGCAUUUCUUCCGAUUGGUAGUAAUUUUUUUGUAUUUGCAUCGCUUAGAGUUUUAAUCGGAUGUUUUCAUGGUGUCGUUGAACCGGCCUUAUUUUUUAUGUUUAAAAAAUGGUUUCCACCUAAUGAACAAACAAUUGCAUUAUCACUAUUAUUGAUUGGUAAUGCUCUUGGACUCAUUUUAAAUGUACCGAUUUCAGCAGCUAUUACACAUAUUCCACUUCCGUCAUCAAUACCAGAUUGGUCAUUAUUAUUUUUUGGUGGUAGUGCAUUACAUCUAAUAUGGCUAGUAUUAUGGAUUAUUCUAGUGACGGAUAUGCCAGAAAAUCAUCGCCGAAUUUCUGAUAAGGAAAUUUUUUAUAUUCGACAAAAUUCUCAUAAUGUUCUUGAAACGAAUCUACGUACAGUACCGUGGCGAAGAAUUCUCAAGACAAAAGCAUUAUAUGCAUCCAUAAUGGCUAAACUUUGUUGGUCAUUCAAUCAUGCCAUUAUUAUUGAUAAUGGACCAUCAUUUUUGAAUAAAAUAUUCAAUUUUAAUAUGCUCAAAGCAUCUGAACAUAUUGCACUCAUCUAUACGGUAACCGUUGUUGUAUUUAUAUUUUCUGCAUUUUUAUUUGCCAAAUUAGAUAAAUGCACAAAAUGUUCACAUACAAGAUUACGGAAAUUAUUUCAGGCCAUUGUAUUUAUUGGUGCAUCAGCAACAAUGUUUGCCAUGGCCAAUAGUGGAUGUAAUCUCCAUCUAUUGGAAAUAUUCAUCAUUAUCAAUAUGGUAACACAAGGUUUUACAUCUGUCGGUGAAUAUCCAAUGAUCAAUGAAUUUGCUGGCUAUUAUUCUGGUACUGUUUAUGGUAUAACCAUUACAUUUGAUUCAUUAGCACGUGCAUUAGCACCAUUAAUCCGUUGUGAACUUGUUAGCCAAACGGAUUUGAAAGCAAAUUGGGUGAUCAUAUUCUACAUAACAGCCGUAUUGAAUCUAAUUGGUUUGAUUGUAUUCGAAUUAUUUGCAUCAACAACACCAAAACAAUGGGCAUUGAAACGUGAUCUAGUACGAAUGAUUUCAUCAACUAAUAAUGGCCAUAUUGAAAGGCCAGUAAAAAAAGAACUGAAAUUAGAACUACAGAAUCCAAAUUAUCGUCAAGAUAUUGAUACUGAAACAGAUGAUUGGAGGCAAUUUAAAACUUCUACAUUGGUACAAUAAUUGAUGUUUAUGGAUUUUUGUUGGGAAGUUUUUUUUCCUGAUUACUUAAAAUAUAUGAACACACAAA